AUGGGGCUGCUGGAUAAACUGUCGGGCUGGCUCGGCCUGAGGAAGAAAGAGGUCAACGUCUUGUGUUUGGGACUUGACAACAGUGGCAAAACCACCAUCAUCAACCAACUGAAACCAGCUAAUAUGCAGGCACAAGAAAUAGUCCCAACAAUUGGCUUCAACAUUGAAAAGUUCAAGAGUUCAAGCCUGUCAUUCACAGUGUUUGAUAUGUCUGGGCAGAGCAGAUAUAGAAACCUAUGGGAGCAUUACUAUAAAGAAAGCCAUGCCAUCAUAUUUGUCAUUGACAGCAGUGACAAACUGAGAAUGGUUGUUGCCAAAGAGGAGCUCGACACUCUUCUCAACCACGAAGACAUCCGCAGCAAAAAGAUACCAGUAUUGUUCUUUGCUAACAAGAUGGAUCUGCGGGAUGCCAUGUCCUCUGUCAAAGUCACACAGAUGUUGUGUUUGGAGAACAUCAAAGACAAACCCUGGCACAUCUGCGCCAGCAAUGCUAUCGAGGGAGAGGGCCUCCAGGAGGGGUUGGACUGGCUACAAGGUAAUCUGUCUCCUAAGUACAUGAGUGAAUUUCAGUAUCAUUGUUCAAAUGUUGUUUGCAUCCAGUCUACUGCCCUUAUUAAGACGUGUUUUUCUCUUCUUUUUUCACCAUACUCACAGAACAAAUUGCACAGUAAGUAUUAUCAUGUGAAGUGAUUGUGGUCCAUCUCUCCGGAUGGAUUAAACCUGUAUCCA